AUGCCUGGUGAUAAAAUGAGGGUGCUGAUGUUUACCAGGAUUCUUACAGUGGUACUACUUUUCUCAAAUUUAUUCAGAAUAAAUGUAAUGUGUGCAUUGGGUCAGUGUCUUCUAGACCAGAAGACUUCGCUUCUCCAGAUACGAAGUAAUCUUACUUUCGAUCCUUUGGCCUCAACAAAAUUGGUGCAGUGGGACGAAAGAGAUGACUGCUGCAAGUGGCCUGGUGUGGGGUGCAAUGGUGCAGGAUAUGUUACGAGCCUGGACCUCAGCAACGAGCCAAUCACCGGGGGAUUCAAUGUGUCUCUCUUGCUGAAACUAAGAUUGGUUUCGGUUAUUAGGCUUGAUGGGAUCAAUUUGUCUGUUCCAUUUCCAGACUUCUUCUCAGAUUUCACCAAUCUGACUGUUUUGAGCCUCGCGAGUUGCAACUUCAGUGGAACGGUUGAUCGGAAAGUAUUCCAGGUACGAACGCUGCAAACCGUUGACUUAAGUUUCAAUGAAAUGGUUGGGGGGUCUUUGCCAGACUUCCCAGAAAAUGGAUCUCUUCAGAGUUUGUCACUUUAUAGUACAAAGUUUUCUGGGAAUUUACCUGAGUCCAUUGGAAACCUCAGAAUGUUGUCUCAUAUUGACCUUUCAGAUUGCAGUUUUAGUGGAUCAAUCCCUGCUUCUUUUGGAAAGCUUACCAAUCUUGUUCAUGUGAGUUUGGCUAGGAAUCAGUUUAGUGGUUCAAUUCCAUCUUUUAACCUGUCCAAAAACCUCACUGUUUUAGACCUUUCUAGUAACAAAUUUACAGGUGAAAUCCCAUCAUUUAAGCUGUCCAAGAACCUCACUGUUUUAGACCUUUCUAGUAACAAAUUUUCAGGUGAAAUCCCUUCCUCUCACUGGGAUGGCCUUGACAAUCUUGAAGCUCUAUACUUGAAUAACAAUUCAUUUUCCGGGCCAAUCCCAGCUUCACUGUUUUCCCUGCCAUCACUUCAGACCUUAUAUCUUUUCAUGAACAAAUUUUCUGGCCGAAUAAUCGAUUUGCAGAAGAAUGUGAGUUCUCCACUGACAGAUCUUGAUUUGGGCAGCAACAACUUGGAAGGGCCGAUACCCUCGUUCUUGUUUCAACUUCGGGAUCUUUCAUCGCUCUCGCUUUCUUGGAACAAAUUCAGUGGUACUGUGCAGCUAACCAAAUUUAAGAACCUUGAGAGUACUUACAAUCUUGACUUGUCCUAUAACAACUUGGCAAUUGAGACAAACAUAAGUGAAGCAGAACUUCCCUUCUUCCCUCAGUUCCAAUUCUUAUCAUUAGCCUCUUGCAAUCUGCAGCAAAUUCCUGAUUUUCUGAAAAAUCAAUCUAGACUGGCAAUGCUAGACCUGUCCAGCAACGCUAUAAGCGGGGAAAUUCCUAGCUGGAUAUGGGGAAUCAAUGAUGGGUUUGUCCGAUAUCUCAACCUUUCUCACAAUCAUCUUACACACAUCCAAGAGCCAAUGGAAUACGGUCGCCAUGAUUACCUUGAUCUGAAUUCCAAUCUGCUAAGCGGAAAGGUUCCACCGUUGCCACGAGCAGCAGUGCAUUUGGACCUCUCAAACAACAACUUCUCCUCCACAAUGCCUCCUGACAUUGGUGAUCAGCUCCCAAAUAUUCGCUUCUUUUCCAUUGCCAACAAUAGAGUGAGCGGAAGAAUCCCGCCUUCAUGGUGCCAUGUAGCCCUUCUCGAAGUGCUCGACUUGUCUUACAACUCUCUGCAAGGCACAAUCCCAUCAUGCCUGGCUCAGAAUAACACCAACCUUGGCGUAAUCAAUCUUAAAGGGAACCAUUUAAGUGGCGAGAUACCACAAGUGUUUCUGCAAAGCUGUUCUUUGGAGACAUUGGAUCUCAGCCAGAAUUUCUUCGAAGGGCGGCUUCCUCCAUCCUUGGUGAACUGCACAAAGCUUAAGGUCUUAAAUCUUGGAAACAAUACAAUAAGUGAUACCUUUCCUUGUUGGCUCGAUAAAUUGUCGAAUCUGCACAUACUUGUACUAAGUUCCAAUCAAUUUCACGGGAGCAUUUCUUGCCCUGGACUUGGUGUAAACAGCAGCUGGCCAAGCUUAAGGGUCAUUGACUUAGCCUCCAAUAAUUUCAGUGGAACCCUACCAGCCAAUUUGUUCUUGGGACUAAAAGCAAUUAUGGUUGACAGGGAUAAAGCAGCAGAGUUAGAGAUUAACUACUUGCACUUCACUUCAGCAGCCUGGAAGGUUUACUAUCAAGACUCAGUCUCACUUUCUCUGAAAGGAAAUGGAAACUACAAUAUACAGAAAAUUCUUACUCUCUUCACUUCUAUCGAUUUUUCGAAUAACCAAUUCCAAGGGAGCAUACCAGAGACCGUUGGAGAGCUUAAACUGCUUCGUCUCCUUAACAUCUCUCAAAAUGCCCUGACAGGCAAUAUUCCUCGAUCUCUUGAACACUUGAAAGAUUUGGAAGCACUGGACCUGUCACUCAAUAGCCUCACGGGGAAUAUCCCGGACCAGCUUGUGAGCCUAACCUUCUUGUCCUUCUUGAACUUAUCUCACAACCGUCUCGUUGGAAGGAUUCCACAAGGCAACCAGUUUAAAACCUUCGGGGAAAGCUCGUUCGUGGAAAACAAGGGGCUAUGUGGAUUCCCACUUCAUGUGUCUUGUAGUGGCAAUAAAGAACCAGCAUCUCCAGUACUGCCAGAACUAGAGGAGGAAGAAUCAUCUGACAAUGCUGAGAUCUACACUGGCAUUGGCUUAGGAUUUGUUGGGGGUCUAGGAGGAAUCUUUGUGCCACUUUUGCUGUCCAGAAAAUGGAGAUCAUAUUAUAACAAGAAGAUUGAUGGAAUUCUUUCAAAGAUACUCUUUCAGAGAGAUUGUGGGGGAACAAGAUUUAGAAGCAAAAGCAUCUAA